UUUAUCUAAUGAAAACCAGAAGGACCUAAGUGAGUCUUUUCCCUUUCUGUUAUCUCUCAGCGCCGCUUCUGCGCUUGGUAUUCCCAGGAAAAAAAAUGGCAGUCAACUUGGGUUUCGCCGUCGUUGCGGCCUCCACUUCUCACUAUAAUAUUCCCAAAAUACCCUUUACCCAUCAUAUCAAAAGCUCCAGCAGUGCUUCCCCAAUUACAACAAAGCCCUUCCCUGCUUCAUUAUCUCUCAGUCGUCGCCGUUUCUCCGUCCUGUCUUGCCUACCUCCUCCUCCGCCUCCUUCAACCUUCAGGCCCAAAACAAAGCUUUAUGUCAGUGGGCUCUCUUUCCGAACCACAGAAGAGAGUUUACGAAAUGCAUUCCAAAAUUUCGGACAGCUUUUAGAAGUUAAUCUGGUGAUGGACAAAAUUGCAAAUAGACCAAGAGGCUUUGCUUUUCUCCGUUAUGCAACUGAGGAGGAAUCACAGAAAGCUAUUGAGGGAAUGCAUGGCAAGUUUUUGGAUGGCAGGGUAAUAUUUGUUGAAAUUGCAAAACCCAGAUCAGAGCUUCGCCGAGGCACAGUAAAACAAAACUCAAGACAACAAUUCGCAUGACCAUCAUAUAGAUGCAUGUUGUAGAGCGAGUAGAGCAAAUACAUCACAAAUGGAAAGAAAAACUUAUUUGCUUUUUCUAUACGCGGAAUCUCAUUUUGUGUUUGCUUAUAAAAUUGUCGUAUUAUUUGUGUUACCAUAUUGUUGAAGAAAACAUAUGUAAGGUUGGUUCCCAUUCUUCCUA